CCCAAUGCAGCCUGUAGCCCAUUCAAAGGCCUACUGUUGGACCUCUGCUUAUUUUGCAAUACGUCUUUAGUACGGACUGAAAAAUGUCCGAUUUCGAUGAGUUUGAGAAGCAGUUAAGCGAAAAUCGGCAAGAGCGGGAGAAGGAGCGACACAAGAAGCGUAGCCGCAGCCGGUCUCUGAGCCGUGGCGAGAAGCACCGCCGCUGGAGCAAGGACUCCAGGGGGCGGAGUCACGAGAAGCGCAGCAGCAGCCGCGACCGCAAGGGUCGUGACCGACGGAGCAGCUCACGCGAGCACAAGAAGCACAGCUACUCUCCUCGGAGAAGCCGUAAGAAAAGGACAUACAAGUACUGGGAUGUUCCCCCUCCGGGAUUCGAGCACAUCACCCCCAUGCAGUACAAGGCAAUGCAAGCUGCAGGGCAGAUCCCCACGAUAGCUUUACUGGCAACAUCCACCACCAGCGGCGUGGCAGUGACGCCCACCCAGGUGCCGAUGGUCGGCAGCCAGAUGACCCGGCAGGCCAGGUGGCUUUAUGUCGGCAACAUCCCCUUCGGCCUGACGGAGGAGGCCAUGGCGGAUUUCUUCAAUACCCAGAUGCGAUUGGCUGGCUUAUGUCAAGGUCCCACCAAUCCCGUCCUCGCUGUUCAGAUAAACCAGGACAAGAACUUUGCCUUCCUUGAAUUUCGGUCCGUGGAUGAGACCACGCAGGCAAUGGCCUUCGACGGCAUCAUUUUCCAGGGUCAGUCGUUAAAAAUCAGGCGGCCCCACGACUAUCGCCCCCUGCCUGGCAUCUCAGAGCAGCCCGCCUUCCACGUACCAGGGGUCGUCUCCACCGUGGUUCCAGACUCGCCACACAAGCUCUUUGUCGGAGGCCUGCCCAACUAUCUCAGUGACGAUCAGGUGAAGGAACUCUUGACGUCGUUCGGACCUCUUAAGGCCUUCAACCUUGUGAAGGACAGUGCCACGUCACUGUCUAAGGGUUAUGCUUUCUGUGAAUACGUGGACAUCAGUGCCACUGACCAGGCCGUGGCUGGACUCAAUGGCAUGCAGCUCGGAGACAAGAAGCUCAUCGUCCAGCGGGCAAGCGUGGGGGCUAAGAAUGCCAACGCUACGGCCAUCAUCGAGACGCCGGUGACGCUGCAGGUUCCAGGGCUGCAGCGGCUGCAGAGCUCCGGCAUGCCCACGGAGGUGCUGUGCCUCCUCAACAUGGUCAUGCCCGAGGAGCUGGUGGACGACGAGGACUACGAGGAGAUCCUGGAGGACAUCCGGGAGGAGUGUUGCAAGUACGGCAACGUGCGCUCCAUCGAGAUUCCGCGGCCCGUCGAUGGCGUGGAGGUGCCUGGCUGUGGCAAGGUGGGACCCGUACUCUCCUGUACCAGUGGCAAAAAGAAGACCUCUGUAGGCACUAAACACAGGCUCAUGGGAGCAUUUCUUGCACAAAAGUGUUUUGAAAACGGAAUAAUUUUUUGUGUAAGAAAAACAAUCUGAUUGGUUCAGAUAGACAGACAAUCUGAUUGGUUCAGAUAGACGACGGACAAUCUGAUUGGUUCAGAUAGACGACGGACAAUCUGAUUGGUUCAGAUAGACGACGGACAAUCUGAUUGGUUCAGAUAGACGACGGACAAUCUGAUUGGUUCAGAUAGACGACGGACAAUCUGAUUGGUUCAGAUAGACGACGGACAAUCUGAUUGGUUCAGAUAGACGACGGACAAUCUGAUUGGUUCAGAUAGUCGACGGACAAUCUGAUUGGUUCAGAUAGACGACGGACAAUCUGAUUGGUUCAGAUAGACGACGGACAAUCUGAUUGGUUCAGAUAGACGACGGACAAUCUGAUUGGUUCAGAUAGACGACGGACAAUCUGAUUGGUUCAGAUAGACGACGG